AUGUCCGUACAGCCAACUCCAAGAAGCCUCGCUGGCAGUGGUUCUCUAGACGCCACCAAUGUCGCUGAGCUCACGAGUCAGGUGUUUGAAAUCUUGGCAAACGGUCAAGAGACAAUUGGGCUGCAGGAGUUCAGGAGAACAGCAAAGCACUUGGCCCAGCUGUCAGAGGACUACACUGCAGAUCCAGAUGAUGCAUUCAACCGGAUAGAUCUCAAUAGUAAUCAGCAGAUUGACCGAGCUGAAUUCGAGCAAGAGAUCAACGAAAUCCGGGGACUUCUGGGAACCAGGAAGCUUGCAGCAGCCCUUGCACAGGUCCAGCAGGAGUGUCAGAUUCGGCAGUCUUUUGGGGAUGCAGAGCCUGAGGCAACAUCACAGGAUGACUUAGGGAUGCGCACUCAUGUCCUUGAGCAAAUGGUCGGCUAUUUUUCGACAUUGCGAGAUGACUACAAUUCACGCUUGGAAGAACUCAAGCACAAGCAGGCAGAACUUCAAUCUCGUGAAACUCGGGCACCAGCACCGCCGCGUGCAAGAAUAUUUGCUGGACGGAGGGCAAAUCAAAAAAAGCCUGAAAAGCCUGAGGCAACUCAAACGGAUCCCAUGAGUCUGGAGCUGACUGCAACGUUGACGAGGGUAGCUAGUGAGCUAGAGGGGACCUUGACACGGAAGGUCUCAACUGGUGAAGUUGAGCCACCUCCAACAGAGGAAGCUGAUCUUGAUGAAAAUGAGAAUUCUGGAGAUGAGGAUGUUGAAGAAGAAGCUGACGACGUGAGCCAAGAAGAACAGGAGGAAGACGAAGCGGAAGAUGAUGAAGACGAAGAUGAAGAUGAAGAGGACGAAGCUGACGAAGAUGAAGAAGCGGACGACGUGGAAUCAGAUGUUGACAAAGUGGGAAAAGCAUCAGGCCGUGCACCAGCAGUCUCAGCAUCUUCAGCAGCUCCAGCAGCUCCAAUGGCUUCAGCUGAGAAAGAGGAGCGAGCGGAUCCUUCAGCAGAUGCUCCAGCAGAUGCUUCAGUAGAUGCUUCCGCUCUUGAAGGAACCCUACGUCUCGAGCCUUCUGAAGAUGCGGCAGAACCGGAGUCAAGGCCGGACAAGACUGACCAAGAAGCCGCGGUCACAACUGCCCCAGCGGAUGCGGUCACAGAGGUUCCAGAACCUGAGCCAACCAAAAGCAAAAAAGGUAAAAAGGGCAAAAAGAAAGAUAAAGAAAAGACCGAGAAGAGGCCCAAGGCGAAGCCGAAAAAAGAAGUUCCUCUUCAACCGAAGCCCGUGGUACGACCUGGAAGUUCACCACCUGCGGUGAGUUCCCAACCAAAGGAACAAACUGCAAGGCCAGCCCCUAAAGCCAAGGCUCGAGUGGAAGAGGAAGGAAUGUCUUGCGUACAAACUCUUGAAAUGGGCUUGGCUGUACGCAAUGCGAUUUGCAUCGGAAUGGAAGUUUGGACCGUUGACUGGGCCGGAAAUGUCACGGUGAGAGAACGCGACGAUGCCACGAAAGUGAGAUGUGAAAUUCCCACGAACCGAUUUGUUUGGAGCAUGCUGCACAUGGAGCCGCACUUGAUGUGGAUGGAGCAGGAGGCGAUGGGCAUUUCGCUUUUUGACACCAAACGGAAGGAAUUUAAGGGGUCAUUGAUUGGUGGCCACACGGGUGGUGUCACUUGCCUGGCUUCUGGAGAUGCUCUCGAUGGAGCGGAGGUCGAGAAGGGUGCAAUCCCCCGGAGGCGGGCUUGGAGUGGAAGUAACGAUUUUACUAUUCGACAAUGGACGAUUGAAACGUGGCGAAGCAAAGAGGCAAAACCGGAACAUUUGAAGGAUUUGAAGGAUGCAUUUAUCGUUGAUAUUGGGAAGUUCAAGGUAGCCAUCUCCAAGGGCCUGCAGAUGUACGGCCACAAGAACGGUGUACGGUGUUUGAUUCGCAUUGGCCCUACACUAUGGUCAGGCUCUGAUGAUGGCAGCAUCCGAUUGUGGUGCACAGCGACAGGCAACUGUAACGAGACGGUGGACAAGGCGCAUGGAGGAUCUGUUUUAAAGCUUGCGGUUGUUCGAUCCUUUAUAUGGUCCUCCGGAUCUGAUGGGUAUAUCCGAGAGUGGACGAUCGGUGGCCCUGUCCGUGAGUGUGUCCGCCAAAUUGCGCCGGAGGGCUUCGACAAAGGUGCUUAUGCCAUUGUUCCUUUGGGAUAUGAUGUUUGGACAUGCGGACAUCACCCGAACAUCCAAGUCUUUUCCCAAGCUGAUUUCUUCAAAACAGCUGAGCAUCCUGCCCACGAGCCUUAUGUCUCCAACCUGCUCACGGUGGAUCGAGUUGAAACCAAAAUCGUGUGGUCCACCUCCAUUGGGGACAAAAAGCUGAAGGUUUGGCGUCACACAAUCCGCGGCGAAGUGCCGAAUUUCGAUGAGCUCAAAGCAGCAAAUCGCCUUUUUGAAGAGGAAGAGGAGGUCCGGGCAAAGCGACUGGACGAGUUUGUCAAAAGACAAUCAGUCUUGGAGGACGAGCUUGCAGUUUCAGCUCAAGAGUACAAGAACCAGUUGGAGGCGCUUGCAAAUGACUUGGCAAAAUCAAGGGCCAAUGCAGAAGAGCUCGAUGCAAAGUGCAAAGCGCUGGAGGAAGAACUUGCUGGCAUCAGACAACUUUUUGAAGAGAUGGGUCUAGGCAAACUGAUGGAAGAUCCGGAGGCCCUGGCUGAUUUUCUUCGUCGAGGGCAAGCUCUGGAAAAGAUUUUCAAAGACCUGGGUUUGGAGAACUUCCUGGAGAAUCCUGAGGAGCUCCGCAAGGUGCUGGAGGCUUUCGCCGACCUCGGCUUAGACGACUUACUGAAGAAUCCAGAGGAGCUCAAAAGGUUUCUGAGCUCUGCGAAAGAGUUGAAAGAGAUGCUCGAGGCAGCCGGCUUUGGGGAUGUCUUCAACGAUCCCUCCAAACUGGAGGAGCUACGAAAGCAGCUGGACUUGCUCAAACAGGUUAGAGAGAUAUUCGAGAAAAAUGGCUUGGGUGAUGCUUUUAAGGACCCCUCGCUACUGGCAGAGGUGCUCUCUCGCUACGAGGGCUUGCGGAAAGCCUUCGAAGAGUUCGGCUUCUCGGAACUCUUCGAGGACCCGUACAACCUCAAGGGUUUUCUUCGCAACUAUGCCAAGCUGCGGGAUGCCUUCCGCGAACUUGGUUUGGAGUAUCUCUUGGACAGUGCAGCUGCUAUGAAGGACUUUCUGGCGGGGCACACUUCCGGGGAGAAGGAGCUUCUGGACCUUCGAGCAAAAGCUUCCAGGCUCGAUGAGGUAGAAGACAGGCUGAAGAGACGAGAAGACGAGUUGGCCAGGGCCAAGGAAGAGGCCAAGCAGCUGCGAGAGAGGCUGGCGGCCUUUGAAGCCGUUGGAGAUUUGGAUUCCAUCAAGAGAUGGAAGAGCGCCCUCCCGGCUCCCUUCAGCCACCACCUGGUGACAACCAACAAAACAAAACGCCAGGAGGCUUCGCAGCUCUUGGCGCUGAUGCGUGCCAAGGGGAACGCGGAUGGUGAGCUUGCUGAGCUUCGCCGCCAGCUUGAAGAGAAGGAGCGUGAGCGACAAGAGGUAGUGUGGUGUGGUUUGUACACAUACAAUUGGGGUGCAGAGGCUCCACGUCAAGUUCUCGCCAGGGUUGUCAUUGAGCGCCUUGUUUCAGACAAUAAAAAUUUAACAUCCACAUAAAAAUACGGGUCUUUGCUCCAUGUGGAACGUUUGUCACUUCUGCGGAAGAAGGUUUUGCCGACAGGUUAAAUGGGUUCAAAAGGUUCAACAGGUUCAAAGGCGGUUUGAAGCGCCUCAAAUCACGAAAGCUAGCCGCCAGGCCAAACCUUGAGUUAUCAUUUGCCAAGGCUUGCUUAGCAGCCAGGGGCUUCGAGAUGUGUUGGGACGUGGAACCUGGAACGUGGGAAGAUCACGGGCAGCCUGGCUAAAAGCAUCAAAAUCUGCAGCCAACGGCACCGUGCAUAACGCCGAGAAAGC